GAAUCCCAAGAUCACCAGGAUAACACAUGUAAGCCAUGCUCCGAUUCAUUGAAGGCAAUUACUAAAGCAAGUAAGCAAAAAUCAAGAUCAUCUUCUGUACCGGCCAAAGCCAAAGCACCAUUGUCAGCUUGUGGACCUGAAAAACUUCGUGCUACUGUCAAGGCUACACGACUGCAGAAUAAACAGCUAGAGGACAGGCUAGAAAUUCUGCAGGCAAAGAUCGAAAAAGAUGGUAUUGGAGUCAGUGCAUCACUCGAGACUGAUUUACUAAAAAUUAUGGGAGGACAGAAUCUUGAAGCGACACCUCACAUGAAAUUCUUCUGGGAGCAGCAGAUGGCUUUGAUGCAGUCAAAGAAAAUGGGAAGAAGAUACCAUCCCCAAGUGAUUAGAUUUGCCUUGUCUAUCCAUGGCAAAUCACCAUCCGCUUACAGAGAGCUUCAAGAUAGUGGUGCUCUGAUACUCCCUAGUGAACGAGUGUUGAGGGAUUAUAAGAACUACUUUAAACCUAAAGCUGGGAUCAACAAGGAAAAUGUGGAAUGCCUAAGAGAGAAAAUUAAAUCCUUUACUGAAGUCCAGCGGUAUGUAGCUAUUGUGAUUGAUGAGAUGAAGAUACAGUCUAAUCUUGUCUUUGACAAACACUCUGGCGACCUAAUUGGUUUUAUUGACUUGGGUGAUCCAAUGGUCAAUUUUGCUUAUGUGGAAGAGGAAACUUUUGCAUCCCAUGCUCUUGCAUUUCUCGUUAGGGGACUGUGCACUGACCUCAAACACAUCAUCGCAUACUUUUUCACCAAAGAUCUGACAUCCUUCCAGCUAAUGCCACUGUUCUGGAGAGCUGUGUCUAUCCUCGAGUUGUCACUGCAGUUGUAUGUGUGUGCAGCUGUGAACGAUGGUGCAUCUGCCAACAGAAAGUUUUUCCGCCUGCAUUCACAACUGGCACAAGAUUUGAAGUGUGAUGUUGUAUACAAAACACGAAAUGUGUUUGCAAUGUCACGCUUCAUCUAUUUCUUUGCAGACUCGCCUCACCUCAUCAAGACAGCUCGGAACUGUUUGUACAACUCCGGUUCUGGUUCCUGCAGCCGAUAUAUGUGGAACAAUGGACAAUUCCUGUUGUUUCGUCAUAUUGCUGACCUCUUUUAUAGUGACCAGGAGUUUGCACUUCACACACUUCCCAAGCUAACAAUGGAUCACAUCGUGUUAACCCCAUAUAGUAAGAUGAAAGUGAAACUGGCAACGCAGGUACUUAGCAAGUCUGUGAUGAUUGCUCUUCAGGAGAGUGGGAAAGAAGAUGUUCAGGAGACAGCUAGGUUUUGUGGCAUGAUAAAUGAUUUCUUUGACUGCACAAAUGUUCGGUCUUUGACAGAACAUAUUAGAAAAAGAAAUCCAUUAAUCAAGCCAUAUACCUCAGCUGAUGACGAGAGGUUAUCUUGGUUGUUGAAUGUAUUUCUGGAAUACCUGAAUAGCUGGAAGAACAAUAUCGCAACACGGCCUGGUACGUUCUCAGCUGAUGAGAGAGGCAAGAUGUUCUUGUCUCCGCAGACAUAUGAAAGAUUCAAGAUCUCAGUUUAUUCGCAUGUUGAAGCGAUCCAGUUUCUCUUGGAGAAAGGAUUCCAGUAUGUCUUGACUGAGCGAUUCAUGCAAGAUGUACUGGAAGACUACUUUGGGCACCAACGAAGCAAAGGAGCAAGAUCAGACAAUCCGACAGCCCAACAAUUUGGAUACAAUGACCUAACUAUUGCAUCACAGCGAGACAUUGCCCCAAUUAUACGAGGGAAUGUUGGGGGAAGGUACGAGAAGACAAAGUGGUACAAAGUCAGUGAAGAGCCAGUACAUAAACGUAAGAAGCCAUCGAAGGAAUAA